UACUUUACACCACUAAUUGCAGAGAAUACUGACUGAAGAUGUUCUUCCCUACGAGGCCCAUGAGACUGUGUAGGGAUGUGAUUUGAAUAGGACUGUGACUGAACGAGUGGGAUGUUGUUCUUUAUCUAUUUAUGUAUUUUGUUUUGAGGUCGUUGUUCCCCCUCCCCUUUUCCGUAAAGGAAACGUAUUUUCUUCUACAGUUUACUAACCUUACAGUAGGUGGCGGCAGACGCCUUAUAUUUGUGUAUAUGUCAGUAUACCAGAGAACAAGAUGACGCUGAUGCGCCGUCGUAGUUGGGAACAGGAAGUUCCGGGUCGAAACGACAGAACUGUGUUGUUUUGUCGAUAGUGGUUGUGUCCAUUUCAAAUGUAUCAUUGUAGACCGACUCAGAUUAAGUCUGAGGCCGUUGACGUCAACAGUGAGGACAACAGUGAGGACAAACCCAGCCUGCCACUCUCCUCCGUCCAAACCUACAGUUACUGGGUCCUGAUUAUGACAGUGGAGUCCAGUUUGCACUGCAGGAUCCAGAGAUGGCAUCAGUGAAGCUGGAAGACUGCAGUCAGACACUGGAGCUGAAUGUCAACAUUAAAGAUGAAGAAGAGGAGGAGAAGAUUAGGACAGCUGUUAGUCAUGGAGACCAUGUUGAGACAUUCUCUACAUCCAGAGAGCAGCAUCAGCAGGAAGAUCAGAGAGCUAAGAGGUCUCAUCACUGCCCACAUUGUGAAGAGAUUUUCCCAUUUCUAUCAAAGCUAAAAAUACACCUAAAAAUACACACAGGAGAGAAGCCUUACUCCUGCUCUGACUGUGGAAAACAUUUUAAAACAUCAACUCAGCUAAAAGUUCAUCAGAAGACGCACACAGGAGAGAAGCCUUACGUCUGCUCUGACUGUGGAAAAUGUUUUAAGACAUUAAAUAAGUUUAAAGUUCAUCAGAAGACGCACACAGGUGAGAAGCCUUUCUUCUGCCCUGACUGUGGAACUAGUUUCUCUCAUCUUUCCCACUUAAAAUAUCAUGAACGUAUACAUACAGGAGAGAAGCCAUACUCCUGCUCUGACUGUGGAAAAUGUUUUAAAACAUCAAAUGAGCUAAAAUUUCACCAGAGAACACACACAGGAGAGAAGCCUUUCUUCUGCCCUGACUGUGGAACGAGUUUCUCUCAUCUGUCUAACUUAAAAUCACAUGAACGUAUACAUACAGGAGAGAAGCCUUACGUCUGCUCUGACUGUGGGGCAAGUUUCUCUCGUCUGGACACCUUAAAAACACACCAACGUAUACACACAGGAGAGAAGCCUUACUCUUGCUCUGACUGUGGAAAAUGCUUCACAACGUUAACUGAUCUAAAAGUUCAUCAGAGAACACACACAGGAGAGAAGCCUUAUUCCUGCUCUGACUGUGGAAAAUGUUUUAAAACAUCAACUCAGUUAAAAGUUCAUCAGAGAACACACACAGGCGAGGAGCCUUAUUCCUGCUCUGACUGUGGAAAAUAUUUUAAAACAUCAAAUAAGCUUAAAGUUCAUCAGAGGACACACACAGGAGAGAAGCUUUAUUCCUGCUCUGACUGUGGAAAAUGUUUUAAAACAUCAAAUAAGCUUAAAGUUCAUCAGAGGACACACACAGGAGAGAAGCCUUACGUCUGCUCUGACUGUGGAACUAGUUUCUCGCAACUUUCCAACUUAAAAUCACAUGAACGUAUACAUACAGGGGAGAAGCCAUACUCCUGCUCUGACUGUGGAAAAUGCUUCAAAACAUCUACUAAGAUAAAAGUUCAUCAGAGAACAUGUGCAGAAGAAAAGUCUUACUCCCGUUCUGACUGUGGGGUGAGUUUCUCUCGACUUUAUACCUUAAAAACACACCAACAUAUACAUUAAGGAGAGAAGCCAUACUCCUGCUCUGUGGACGGGUGGGCGUGUAACUCAAACUUCUAGCCAAAGGCUGCUGUGUUUAGAAUCUCAUCAAGGUUAACUGUAGCAUUUUAGCUAAUUAGCAACUUUGCAACUACUUAAUAAUUUUUUGCUAUUACUUAGCAUGUUAGCUUAGCAUGCAACUACUUAGUAUGUUAGCUAACCUUUCCCCUAAAACCAUUUAACCCCUCACCCCUAACCUAGCUAACAUUAGCAACAACAAAAUGGAAUUCGUAAUAUAUCAUACAUAUUACAAGUUCGUAACAUAUUGUAUGAAUAGCAAUGCGUAAAAUAACAUAAGAAUUGUAAUUCUUAACAUACGAUACGUCCUACAAGUCGUAUUAUACUGAACAACAAUCUAAACGCAACAAUUUCAAAUAUUUAUAGUUCGUAUAAGAAAAUCAGUCAUUUUAAAUAAACGAGGCCCUAAUCUAUGGAUAUCACAUGACUGGGCAGGGGCUCAGCCAUGGGUGGGACUUGGGAGGGCAUCGGCCCACUUGGGAGCCAGGCCCAGCCAAUCAGCAUGAGUUUUUCCCCACAAAAGGUCUUUAUUACAGACAGAAAUACUACUCAGCCCCCUCCCAGACAAUCCUGCAGGUGAAGAGGUCCUGGGCUGCCGUGGUUACAUGUGAUCUGCAGUUGUGAGGCCGGUUGGAUGUACUGCCAAAUUCUCUAAAAGAACGUUAGAGGUGACUUAUGGUAGAGAUAGAAAUAUUGAAAUCUCUCCUGCAGUCAUCAUGACAAUUGCACAUUCCCUGAACUUGAGAUAUCUGACAUUGUGUUGUGUGGCCUUUCAUUGUCCCCCAGCACAAGGUGCACUUGUGUAAUGAUAAUGCUGUUUUAUCUUGAUAUGCCACACCUGUCAGGUGGAUGGAUUAUCUUGACAAAGGCUGAAAUGCUCACGAACAGGGAUAGUAACAAAGCUGUGCACAACAUUUGAGAGAAAUUAGCUUUUUCUGCACAUGGAACAUUGCUGGAAUGUUUUAUUUCAGCUCAUGAAACCAACACUUUACAUGUUUACUUUAUAUUUCAGUUCAGUUUAUAUUGGUAUUGUAAUGUAACCUAACAUACUAAAUGGAAUGACACAGAUGUUUUUGUAAUACAUAAUACGUUUUGCUCUGAGACCAGGUUGUCCCUCUGCAGUAUUCUGUGGGAAUGAGCUAGUAGACACUUCUUU